AACAAACACGAACCCUGUUCCAGGGCUUCAGAACCCGGGAAUGAGCCACGGCAGCCGCCUGGCUCCGAGGGAUGCCAUAAACCUUUGGGAGAGGGAAAAAUCCUGCCCGGGAUCCUUCUCUGUGAGCCGGAGUCAGCUUCCCACGGGAAGAUGAGAACCGUGCCGCUCCUGGUGCUCUGGGUGCUGCGGGUCCUGUGCGUGGUGACCCCGGGGGGAGGGCAGCCCAAAGCACCCCUGAAGUGCUCAGCAGAGUGCAGGCACUACAGCUCCCGGGUAGCGGAGAAGCGGAUCAGGAGCUACCGCCUGACCGAGCCCCAGUGCUCCCAGCGAGCUGUCAUAUUUACUACUCUGAAGUCCGUGGAGAUUUGUGCAGACCCAGAGGCAGAGUGGGUGAAGAAGAUAGUAGAGAAACUGGACCAGAAGAAAGCUGCAGCCUCCUCACUUCCACACAAAGUCACCUCAGCUGUGGCACUGGAGGACCCUGGUGUUUUCCAGAAACAUGUUGGGCAUACAGCAAUGGCUCCAGCUCAAGCCUCUGCCCCUUCUGGUUUCUUCCAAGGGACUGCCAGGUCCCCACCAGUCUCUCAGGACACCAGCCAGCACCAUGCAGAAUUCUCCCCUGGGACACAGGCAGGUGCUGCCCACUCUGCAGUCACUCCAGAAGCAAACAGAGAUUCCUUAAAAUCUCCUGAACCUUCCCCAACUCUUGCAGCAGACUGGGUCUCCAGCCAGCCCACCCCACACCCCACAGAUCCUCCUCAUGGCUUUCACAGUGCCGCUGGAUACACAGCAGGACAUUUGGGCCAUGGCACAAGUGCUGUGGGUGCUGUUCCAGGCAUCACCUCUAGCUCAGAUUCAGGCCCCGUGGCCAUUGCUGAAGUAUCAGACCAUCCCCAGCCCAGCAAACCCCUGGAGCAUGGAAGAUCCCAAGCACCAGCCCCUGUUCCUGGGACUUUUCAGUUCCUGGGCAGCAUGGAGACCACCACAGUCCCAGCCACACCACUUCCACCAGAAAUUCCUUCAGUUUCUGCUCAGAACUCCACAGCUGCUGCAGACAAAGGUCCUUCUGUCCCUGUCAGCAAGGUUGGCAGUUCCUCUGCAGAUGCUUUUGUCACCAGAACGUUUGAUUCUUCAUCAGCUGCAGGGAAGGAAGAGCCCCCAGGUCCAUCAGCUUUCCCUGGCCAAGGGUACCCAGACCAAGCUGGUCUGCAGGUGAGCACAGAGAGAGCAAACAUUCUGCCUCCUCCCAGCCUCUGGUCAACAGCUCAGACACACUUUGUCAUCCCAGGGGCUGUGGCUGCUGGUCUGAUAGCUUGCAGUGCUGCUGUGGUGUGGUUGUAUCUGAAGUUUGGAGUCAAAGCAGAAGAAACAUCAAGAGAAAUGGUACAGGGUUUGCUCUACCAAAGGGAGAGACAGCAAAGCAAUGUCUACCCCAUGGCAGUAAUCUGAAUGCUUCAUAGUCUGGACAUUUUGGGGCUAAACUACCCUUGUGUUGCUGCAGCUGCUUAAGCUGAGCAGGUGACCAGUACGAAGCAGGGCAGGCAAUAAAAAUGCCAGAGGAAACUGAUGUUUUUCCAGAGCAGAAUGUCUAAAAGUGUAGAUAACUGAUAACUGAGCAAUGGGGGUAUUUGGGAAAUAUGAAUGAGACUAUUUUUUUCUUCUGGCACUUUUACAAAAGAUGUUGCUUGGUGGCUCUUUGCCAGGGGGGGAGCCAAAGUGAAUUUCCAGAUUGCUGUUGGGAAUUUCCCUGUGUUUAAUCAUGGCCCAGCUGAGGAGUUUCCCACACACACACCCCCACACUGCUGGACUUGAGCUCAGCUCCCUUGAACAACCUGGACACCAAAACCACACAACUUUCACUUAGCAAACUCCACUGCUUUGUUCCUUGCACUUCCCUGCUCUGUAUCCAAGGCUGAUGCUGGUGGUCAGCUGGGAAUUGUCUCUCCUGGGGCCAAAUCCCCCACUGACUCUGGCUGGGGGCACAAGGGAAAACCUCUGCAGACACCCCCAGCCGAUCCCUGGAAGGAAAGUUCCACAUCCAGAGGAGCUGGGAACCCUCAGUUCACCUCCUCCACCCAUCUCAGCCCAGCAGUUGCUGGAAAAGCAGUUUCUGGGCAUCUCUUCCUGCAGGUUUGGUCUGAGACCUCGUUUGUGGCAAAUCAGCUGCAAUAAAACCCUUCUGCCAAGUGAUGUGUCCAGCAGCAGGGCAGGAUGCUGUGGAUGAGCCUUUGCAAAUAGGAGGGAACAAGAAGUCAGACAGUAAUUUUGCUGUUCCUGUGACAGUGUUGGAGGGAUUUUGCUUUCUCUGGAAGCACAAAGCCCAGGAACCAGGUCUCCUGGAGAAGCUGAGUGCACUUCUGGGUUCAGUCAUACAGGAAUGACCCCACUGCAGCAGAUGGACAUUUCCUCUGCUCCAGUGUUCUCUCUAAGGACAUUUGCUGGUCCACAAAAAAAAGCAUAAGAUGCUUGACCAGGGUCCUGUGCUCUGCCCACAGUUUAGGUUUUCUUUCUUGUACAGCACUGAUUACCAGGCUGUUAAAACCCCAGAACCAUCUCAGGCUUUUUUAACCCAAGUUGGUUUGGAUUUUUACACAUCCAGACAUUGCUCUGUGUGAGCAUCACCUGUGGUCAGCUCCUGAAAGCCCUGAAACAGUGACCUCAGUGUGCAUAUUGCUGGAGCAUGCAGAGGCUGCACAGUAUGAUGCUUGGUGUUAGAGAGAUCUAUCAAGGGUCAGAUCCUUCUCCAACCAACCUCAGUGGAUCAGAUCCCAGAGUAUAAACAUGCACAUAGAAAAAGAGAAAGCAAAAGCACAUAAAUAAGCCAGAUAAUGAAAGUGAAAAGGCUGGGCCAGCAGUAAAGCAGAGCUGGAGGAAGGUGUCCUGUUCCAUCCAUCUGAUCCCACUGUCAGGGACAGGAUCCACCCUGGAGCUGGAGCUGGGAGGCUCCAAAGUGUUUGUUUUCUGCUUCUCUUACUCCUGCAUUUGGUUUGCUUGAGCAAGGGGAGCCAGGGCUUUGGCUCAGGCUGUGUGGGUACAAACUGCAACCAGAUGGAUCCCAACCAGGAAUUGGGGCGGAAGCUCCUCCUGUGCAGCUGUGUCCCAGCACCUGGGGUGAGUUACCUGGAGGGUUUGUGGCCCAGAGGUUUGUGAGGCUCUGUGCCAGGGCACUAUUUUUAUAUGAAACACUGGCAAUCUUAUUUUUGUAGUAAAGUUUUGUAGCCGUG